CUGCGGCUCGGCCGGCGGGAACGCUCUGCGCUCGGGAGCCGCAUGGGUUGCGCAGGUGGUUCCUCUGGGAGCUCGCUGCGGGAAGGCAGGACGAGUGGAUCUACCGGGGCGCCGCGGUGUGGGGGGGCAGCGCCGGCGGCUCCCCUGGGAGCGGUGGCGUCCUGAUGCGGGCGCCCCGCGGGGAGCGCGCCCUGGAGGAGUCCCUGGAGCGGUACCGGAGGCGCCUCCGAGAACGUGCUACUGAAAGUAUCCAUCAACUGAAAUAUGCCUUGGCAAAGGGUGAGGAUGACAUUGGAUUUGACCAGUCCUCUGCGGAUGAGAGCAGUGAUGAUGCGGACAGGGAAAAUGAUGACUGUGGGAAUGCGGCCAGGCAGGAACCGCAGCACAGUCAUGCAGUUAAUCAACUUAAAAUUUUGCUGCAACAUCAAGAGAGAAUGGAAAGUGAAGUCUCUCCAUCAAGAAGGAAGUCAUCAUUCUGUAAACCCCCAGAAGCUGUACCUGGAGACUCACCAGUCCUUUCUGAUCUCAUUCCUAUAAUCAAUGAUCAAUCACAGUACAUUAACCAUUUGGAAGCAGAAGUGAAGUUUUGCAAGGAGGAGUUGUCUGGGAUGAAAGAUCAAGUACAAGCAGUUGUACUUGAAAAUGAGGAACUUCAUCAGAAACUGAAAUUCUUAACUGCAGAAUACACAUUGAGAGAACAAACUCUUCUAGAUGCCUCGGCAAAUACUCAGAACUCCUGGCCUGCAGGUGGUAAAGACUUUAGCACGCCUCAGCCUGUCACCUCAUCACCAGCACGUAACAAAGAUCAGGCUUUUGUUACAGCAGUUGCUGGAGGCAUAGAAAAAUGGCCUGUAGAACUGGAGAAUCUAAAACUUCUUUAUCAAGAAAAAGUCGAUAUCCUUGAUGCUCAAAUACAGUCUCUAAGAAAAGACCUUUCAGAAUCUCAGAAGACAUGCAAAGAUUUGGAAGCAAGGCUGAAACAGCAGAAGUCACUUGUUUCAGCUGCAAAUUGUAGCCGGGUUGGUGGUCUGUGUCUGAAAUGUGCACAACAUGAGGCAGUUCUUGCACAGACCCAUUGUAAUGUUCAUGUGCAGACCAUCGAAAGGCUGACGAAAGAAAGAGAUGACUUGAUGGAUGCACUUGUUUCACUGAGACAAAACAUGAAAGAGAUGCAGCAAAGAGAAUCUGAUGCUUGUAAGCAAGUUGAACAUGCUGUGCAAAUGGCAGAAGAGGCCAAUUUGGAAAAAAUAAAGGCUCUAGUCCACUGUGAGCAACUGAAAAGUGAAGUGGAACGGCAAAAGAAUUCUCUUGAAAGGGAAUUGGCUGCCCAGCUAAAUGAGAGGGCUAAUGAAAAAGAAGCAGUGCGGGAAGAAAUGAAGAAAGAAAAGGAGGAAUUGGCAGCAAUGGUGGCAACCCUAUCUGAGAAUGUGGCCAUUUUGGAGGCUCAAAUGAAGAAAAUUACAAGUGAAAAGAACUCUCUAGUUAACCAGUUAGAACAAUCACGGGAUCAGCUUGCAUCUCAUGAAAUGGAGAUGAAUAAGGUGUGUGGAGAAAUGCGCUAUCAGUUGAAUCAAACCAAAAUGAAGAAGGAUGAGGCAGAAAAGGAGCUCAGAGAGUACAGAACAAAAACUAUAAGGGAGCUUGAAAUUAAGGACCAGAAAAUAGAAAAACUGGGAUUAGAACUGAAUGGAAGCAAACAGCGUUUGGAACAAGCCCAGCAGGAUGUGACAGGAGCCAGAGAGGAGUGCCUAAAACUGGCAGAACUGCUGAGUAAAUCUGAACACCAACUGCACCUCACCAGAUUGGAGAAAGAGAGCAUUCAGCACAGCGUUAGCAAUGAAGCAAAGGCCCGAGCCCUUCAGGCCCAGCAAAGAGAGCAGGAGCUGACACAGAAGAUGCAGCAAAUGGAGGCCCAGCAUGAGAAAACUGUAGAAGAACUGGAUUCAUUGCUGACCUCCCAGAAUACAUUCAUAGCAAAAUUAAAGGAAGAAUGUUGUAUGUUGGCAAGGAAGUUGGAACAAAUGUCAGAAAAAUACAGAUCUGAAGUCAACCAGCUUAGUCAGGAAAAAGAGUAUCUUCAUGGCAGAUUGGAGAAGAUGCAGAAACGGAAUGAUGAAUUGGACCAACAAUGUAUCCAGCAUGGGAGAAUGCAUGAGAGGAUGAAGUCAAGGUUACAGCAGCUUGACAAGCACUGUCAGGCCACUGCCCAGCAGUUAGUGGAGUUGCUCAACAAACAGAAUCAGCUCUUCAAAGAGAAGCAGCUGCUCACGGAAGAGGUGCAGUUUCUGCGAACACAGGAAAAAAAAUGGGAUACAGAUCUCAAACAGGACACAGAUGGAAUCAAGUAAAAACCUGGAUGGAUGAAAAGAAAUGAGCAGAAGUCUGCUCUGCACCUGGCUGAAACUUGUCUGAGGCUCACCCAAAGACACCUCUACAGAAAACAGGCACACUUGCUAGCUAAUUUCAGCUGGUUUCUAUUUGUUUUUAACUACAGAAUCACAAAUAUUUUGAAGCCUUACCAGCCUAUCAAACUUUCUAGGACAACAGCUGAGAUUUUUCUGAAAAGACCAGGCUUGCAAGCCAGUUUUAACAGCUAUUAUGUGGUGUAGACUUUAAUAAUUUGUACAAUUUUUAUAAAAUAUUUUUAUCUAUUUUCAUAAUUUAACAUACAUGUCUAUAUUAUUCACAGACUGAAAUAUCAAUAAACCUAACAGGAUUCUUAGGUUCUCACUUUGUCCUUCUGAAUUCAAGGGAAAGCAUGUGCAGGGGGAGGAGGGAGAAGGGAGCUGUUUGCAAGUUCUGCACAAGCACACUGCCUUCCUGUUUACAAACUCAGUACCAGAAUCUACCUGGGAACUUUAUUUUACAGGGUAUUUGUCACUUUUGUAGAAAAAGUGAGAGUCAGCAACUACUUAAUUCAUCAGAAAAGCGUAAGAAUGAUUGAGAAAUAUUCCACAUAAUUUGGAAGAAUUGCCGUGGGUCAGGUUUCCCUUUAAAAUGUUGCUGGAUAAAGCCUUUCAGACAAAGGAGCCCUUGGUUUGUACAGAUGAGCCAUUAAGCAAGUGCCUGGCUCUCAACACUGAAGUGGUGAAGCUGGACUUUUCCACUUUUCAGCAGUCUGAGGGAUGGGCACCAGCUGAACUUGGCUUCAAAUUACUGAACUCAAAACACCUGGAGGCUUUUUUUCCGGUCAGCUGCGCACUUGCGUUAUCCAAGGUUACUCUCCAAAUACCACACUCUUUCACAAAGAAUUUAUCUGCAUCUUUUGCUAUCUAGUGUAGGAUAAGCUAUGCACACAAGAAAAAUGUUUCUACAUCUAUUACCUUCAGUGUAGUUGCAGAAUUGAACUAGGAAAGGGGACAAAACGGCAAAGAACAGUUCCCCAGUGAUGAAGCUACUUCAGCCGGCGUGAACACAUAAAAUGUAACAAAAAUAAGAGUAACGACACAUGCAAUAAGUUACCAUUGACUGUGGAACACAACAUUUCCUUCCCUUGUACUUUAAGAAUUAUUAGUGGUACAGCCCUAACAUCAAAGUGAUUUUUCCUCCUUAUUUCAAUUUCCUGCCGUAUUUAAAUGCCAAACACAUCUGAUCUCCUCCCUGAACUGCUUCACAGAUAUGACACCAAGCGUGUCGAGAAUGGCCUCUGGUCUUUGGGGACAAGAAAGCCUGGUGAGGAAAGUCCUCUCUAGUCAAACUUGGUGUUUCCCAUAGUAAUCAGGCUGACAGUUUUAUAAGUGUCACUACUUUAGAGAUGGUUACACAGUUAAGAAUAUACAUUUAUAAAUGUAGGAAAAUGCAAACUUUUAAAAUUUAUUUUUUAUUAUUCUGCAGCAUAAAUCUGUGUUUAAAUAGGAGACAGUGCCUACAUGCACAAAGGAACUCGGGCACCUAGUCCCAACACUUCGGCUUCACUGAGACCCUGGAGCUGCCAUGCCCUGGCCCAAGGCACAGCGGGACCCUCAACCUUUCUGGACCUGCCUCACCUACCAGGUGGCCUCUGGUGGCCACAUGCAGGGCACCACUGCCAGCCACCCACGUGCAUGUACGGGUCUGAUUUCAACAAAGGGUCCUGGUCUGCCAGUAUAUACAGCUGGAAGUAGGUUUUUCAUACUCAUCCCAGGUGUAGGUGCAAUCCAUUAUGUUGCCGGGAGUCUAGAAGGAAUCCAUUUCCCUGCAGCAGCUAUUCUACUUCAAUUAGUCAUUAACAGAGAUGGCUCUAGGCCUACCUGUCUCAUGCCACACCCCCCUCUCUCCCCUGCUUCUACUUAAGCACAAAAUGCUUAGUUUUACAAAGUUUACAAGUGUCAGAUCAGACAAUCAAAUCCAGGAAACCUCAGGUCGGCAGACUGAGUGUGAUUCCACAACACAGGAUGCAAUCUGACCAUACAGUCCUGCCCCUGCCGCAGCUGCGUCAUGGUCACUGACACCCUGAUAUCACAACUACGGCUGUCUGUCUCUCCAAUACUCUUUCUCAUUACAAGGUGGGGGAGAAAAAAAAGGAGAAAAAAAAAAAAAGGAAAAAACCUGAGACCUGGAUGAAGCACCUCUAUUCCUGAGAAGCGUUCAUGUCAAAGAACAGCUAAAACCCAGAUGACCCACUGCUUUAGGGACACUCAGCCCUCCAGACUGGCUGGUUCCAACGGCCCUGGACCAGCUCAGGGCUUCAAAGAGUCCCACUCUGUGGGUGCCCUGUAAAUCCCAACUUCACUUUUUUCCCCCUCUCCUUACCCAAACACAUCACCUAGCUGUGGGAUAUAAGGCCAAGAAUUUCAUUUACUGAAAAUCACUUAAUCAUGGGUGUUCUGAUAGGAACAUAGCCCUGUGGAAUCAUUACUUCAAAAGUGUAACCCAAAUUUACUUUUAUAAGGACAUACACCUCGUAGAGUUAACAUGAACCACCUGUAUGGAAACAGCCUCGGUCCAAAGCACAAAUACAUCUUGCUUAAUCAUAAAAAUUGUUUUUCUUUGACAAUACUGUAACUUAAUAAUUUACAAGCUGAAACUGUUCACCCAGUAUUUGAAUUAUGUCACAGCGAGUUACAGUUAUCACUAGGACUUCACAGCAAAUAAAACUUGUAACUAAACAUGCACAGAUCAUUAUAUAUACAGUGAUAAAAAAAUAACGAUGUACAUUUUCUUGUAAGAAGAAAUUAAGUAAAUUCUUUGUGCAUUUCAGGAUUGAAACAUCUAACCUAUAUAAAAUUACUUUAAAAUAUGAAGUAAAUAUUUAACCCAAAACUUGAGAAAUCUUUUGUAAUCUGCAAUAUAGCCUUCUCAUUUCUUUUUUUUUUUUUUUUCUCUGACACGGAACAACUUAGGAAUUUUAUCCUCUAAGAUAUUUAAUAGUAAUGUGCAGAUAUAAAAAAAUACGUCCUUUGUGGCAAGCUUGAACAUAUAUAUAUAUAUAUAUUUACAAACCUCCAGAACAAAUUAGCAUUAAAAAACACAGAAGUAGCAGAUUGACAUAGUGCUUUAUUUAAGCUGUCUGUACGAAGGAAAAUAAUGUGCAUCCCUAUCAUAUACGUGUAAAAAUACUAAGGAUGUACAGUGUACAAAAACAGUUUCUUGUAGUUAUUUCACAUCCUUGUGGGUCAUAUACUUAAGGAAAUAAACAGUUUAAGUAUGACCAACAGUAAUACGGUUUCUUGGGUUCAUAGUCGUGUCUGCUUAAUAUCCUUAACCAUAUGACUAGAUCUUGCAUGGAUCUAAUGAAAGAACUAGCAAGGUCAAGAAAUGUCACAAACUCUAAAGCUACAGGGAGGUAAUUCAAUUACCAAUUUAGAGGUUUUUAUUUAAAUAAAUACUUUACAUUUCAUGCUUGCCUGUAAUGCACUACCAGGAGCAAGAUAAGGAAAUUCUACUGUAGACAGUACAAACAGUAGCAGCAAAGUGUGUACAUUGAGGUGUAAUAUAUAGACCCUGCAGUUAGUAAGGAAAGACCUUACUUUUGUACUCUAGGAGAAGCACAUGGCCCCUGCAAGAACAGUCAGCUUUAAGAAGCCGCAAGUAAAGAUGGGAAAAAAAAUGUAAAACAAUACUGGAAUAAAUGUUCUUUAAGCAACAGGAAUGUACUGGAAGAUGGAUUAGUGUGGAAAGCGAAGCUGUGUGCAAAACUGCCAAAAUCCAAACAGAAAUGACCUAUUUCCUCUGAGAUGGCUGCAGUACAAGAGGGCAUACUGUAAGUCAUGGAAGUCAGUACAAGCUGGAGUCAAAGUCUGAAAUGUACUGUGCUCAAAAGGCUCACCGAGACAACCAGCCACCACCUCCUGUCCAAAUCCAACCACAACUGCAGACAGCAAAAGAAGAGCUUCAAAAGUUUCUCUCAGCACUGCUUGUCCAUUCCUCUGUCAUCUGUUUCUAACACUGGUAAGAGAGAAUCCCCCAAGCCCAGGCAGCACAAAGUGUCUGCUGACUCUCCGUAGCAUAAACUUCAUCACUGAUGUUUCAGAAGGCAGACAAAUACAAUGCAAAGGGAUGUCUUAAAAGGUUUUCAGAUAAUUCACUGACAGACACUUACUGCAAACCACGCACUAGGUAGCUACGCGAUGGUGAGCUAAACCACAGGGCGUCCUCGGCCCGCAAGGAGCGGCACGGCCGGUCGGUCAUUAGCUAGAGGUGCCCUGUGUCAAGAGACUUAUUGCUAUUACAAGCUGAAAACACAGGGGAGAAAACACAGGCAUGUAACACAGAUAUUGAAUCACCAUAGUUUCAGUCUGUAAGAACAAGACCUUUGCAGAGAACUAAUUAAUGCCCGUCUGUUAAAUACUUGAUUAUUUCAGUCACUCGCUCACUGUGUCAGUGUAGACACCUCUACACCACCGGUGCAGAACAGACCUGCAACGCAUUUGCUGCUCUCCUCUCUCUCCGCACAGGGACAACAACAUCUACACGUCUUUAGUGUUACAAGGUGACAUAAUGACAUCGUAUGCAGUUACAAUAUACAUCAUGAUAUAUUUCUGUUUGAUUAUCCAUCCAUUACUAAAGAUAAAACACAAAACAUGAAAAAAUUGUCUAAAUUACUCUGCGUUUUUAGCUGCCUUGCUAAAAU